AAUAAGCAGGAGCUCGCCAGUGUUCUAUUAUCGAACCCAAAUCAUAUAUCGUCAUCAUGAUGGUAGUCGACUGCACCAGGAGAGAAUGUGCAUGAUAGCCCACCGUACUGUGUAUUUCUCGCACAAGCUGCUUCAUAAUGACAUCAAUCCGCUUUCCAUCUGUCUGCACGUGAAUGAUCCAAGUGAUGAGAGUGUCAUACUGUUUUGGAAUGGGGACGGAACACCUCCAAUACGCCAAGCGAUGCUCUGCGGCUGGAGAUUCGCAAAACACAUGGACCCUGAUCACAAGAAGACAAGUUUCUAUAGAUUCUCGCUGCGUACCAACUGGCUGCAGCCAGAUUGCCUGCCUUCCCAUCGCCUAGACAUAUCUCAGGAGAGAUUCCAGGUGGAGGACUGGUCUUCCACGUGCAGUCUUGCAAAUCUCGCCUCAAAGCUAUCGCCUCCAGGCUCCUUGAAAAUUAAACCCAAUGGCAGCAAGUCUGCCACUUUCCCGGAAAAUCCUGUCACGCACAAUGACAUGAUCUUAGUGCUGAAAGAUAUUGUAGCAGAGCUCCCAGUAGAACAAGCACCGUCGGAAGAUGAUGUCCGAAAAGCAAGGGAAAGAUAUAGAAGUAUACAGAGUUCAGUAUCUUACCGUGCUCCAAAUAUCUACAACUGAUCGCUAUCGCCGAUCACAUAGAUGAGAUAAUCA